GAAAGCGCGGAUGUCUUUGCUCCGCUCGAGAAAUAAGAGCGUAUAAAACAGUGCUCCGCAUUUUCGGAGGCAUUUCUGCUAUCGGGGGUUAAGAAUGAGAAGCCCUUUCCUUUCGUGGACUCUGGGAAUUGGAUUCAGGCUGUGGGUCUCGGAGCCGGCUUCUCCGUCUCACACGGAGGCGGGACCGGGCUUCGGGUUGCUCUCGGGGAUGCUGGGAAAUGUAGUCCAGGAGCUCCGCGUUGUUGGAGGUAUUUCCGCUGCGGGAGGUUAAGAUCGCGGCCUUCAUUUCUGUCGGGGAGAGGGACAAGACCUAGAAUGCUGGUUCUGGGGUGAGAGCUGGAUUCCGAUUCCGCCCCUGCAUUUUGACCUUACCAAGCCUCAGCUUCCUCGUCUGUUAAAUAGGAGCGACUGUCCUCAUCAUCAUCAUUGAUUGAGAACUUCCUAAAAUGCCAGCUGAGGAUGGGCUCAGACGUGUAGGUGAUUGGACCAAAGUCACACGACUUGUACAAGAGUAGCUUCCUCACAGGACUCAGCCCUUCCCUAGAAGUAGAAGGAGGACAAAAUGACCAAGUUCAAGGAGGCGGUGACGUUCAAGGACGUGGCUGUGGUCUUCACGGAGGAGGAGCUGGGGCUGCUGGACCCCGCCCAGAAGAAGCUGUAUGGAGACGUGAUGCUGGAGAACUUCCGGAACCUGCUCUCUCUGGGGCACCAACCCUUCACACCAGAUGCAGUACCCCAGUUCAAGAGGGGAGGAAGGCUUUGGAUGAUAAAGGCAGCAACCCAGAGCCACGGCUCCACAGGAGACAGGAAUCUAAAUGAUGCGGAGACUCUUCAGGAAAUUGGAUUAAAGUACCUGCCACAUGAAGAGCUUUUCUGCUCACAAAUCUGGCAACAGGUUACAAAGGAGUUAAUCCAGAGCCAAGAUGCCAUGGUAAAUAUCCAAGGAACUGGCUCUCAGCUGGAAAAACAGGGUGAUGCACUCUAUAAAGAUGGGGAGUUUGGUAAAGGCUUUAAUCAGACUUCGUGUCUUCAAAUUCACCACAGAGACCACACAGGAGGAAACCCCUAUAAGGGGGGAGAGUGUGAGAAUGGUUUCAUUGAGCACUCUCAUCUUCAGACUCACCAGACAGCCCAUGUGGGAGAGAAGCCCUAUAAAUGUGAAAAAUGUGGAAACACCUUCCGCCGACUUUCAAGCCUUGAAGCCCAUCAGAGAGUCCACAGCAGGGAGAAAUCGUACAAACACGAUACAUCGCGUAAGGGUCUCAGACAGAGGUCACAUCUUCGCCAUCCGCAGAGAGCCCCCCCUGGAGAGAAUCCACACAAGUACGAGGAGUGUGGGAGGAGCGUCCGGAGAAGCUCCCAGUGUCAAGCUCCUCUGAUAGUCUGCACGUUGGAGAAACCUUAUAAAUGUGAGGAGUGCGGGCAGAGCUUCAGUCAGGGCUCGUAUCUUCAAGUCCACCAGAGAGUCCACGUGGGAAAGAAACCCUAUAGAUGUGAAGAGUGUGGGAAGGGCUUCAGUUGGCGUUCGCGACUGCAGGCUCACCAGCGAAUCCACACAGGAGAGAAACCAUACAAAUGCGAGGCCUGUGGCAAGGGCUUUAGUUACAGCUCACACCUUAACAUCCAUUGUCGAAUCCACACAGGAGAGAAACCCUAUAAAUGUGAAGAGUGUGGGAAAGGCUUCAGUGUGGGCUCACACCUUCAGGCCCAUCAGGUCAGCCACACUGGAGAGAAACCUUACAAAUGCGAGGAGUGUGGGAAGGGCUUCUGUCGGGCCUCAAAUCUUCUGGACCAUCAGAGAGGCCACACUGGUGAGAAACCGUAUCAGUGUGAUGCCUGUGGAAAGGGCUUCAGUCGUAGCUCGGAUUUUAACAUUCACUUUAGAGUCCAUACGGGAGAGAAACCCUAUAAAUGUGAGGAGUGUGGGAAAGGCUUCAGUCAGGCCUCAAAUCUUCUGGCCCAUCAAAGAGGCCACACUGGAGAAAAACCGUACAAGUGUGGUACGUGUGGGAAGGGCUUCAGCCGGAGUUCAGAUCUUAACGUUCAUUGUAGAAUCCACACGGGAGAGAAACCCUAUAAAUGUGAGAAGUGUGGUAAGGCCUUCAGUCAGUUCUCGAGUCUUCAAGUGCACCAGAGAGUCCACACUGGAGAGAAACCGUAUCAGUGUGCGGAGUGUGGGAAGGGCUUCAGCGUGGGUUCACAGCUCCAAGCCCAUCAGAGGUGCCACACUGGAGAGAAGCCGUACCAGUGUGAGGAGUGUGGGAAAGGAUUCUGUCGGGCCUCGAAUUUUCUGGCUCAUCGUGGCGUCCACACGGGAGAGAAACCGUACCGGUGUGACGUGUGCGGUAAGCGCUUCAGACAGAGAUCCUAUCUUCAAGCCCACCAGAGGGUCCACACUGGGGAGAAGCCGUACAAGUGUGAGGAGUGCGGGAAGGUCUUCAGUUGGAGCUCAUACCUUCAAGCCCAUCAGAGGGUCCACACUGGAGAGAAACCAUACAAGUGUGAGGAGUGCGGGAAGGGGUUCAGUUGGAGCUCAAGCCUUAUAAUUCAUCAGCGAGUGCAUGCUGACGAUGAGGGUGAUAAAGACUUUCCCACCUUGGAGGAUUCACGCAGGAAGGAAGCUCCAGAAAAGUGUUCUGCCCCAGAGAUGAUUCUUGUUGGGUGCAUUGUCUCAAUUUCCAUCAUAUCAGAAUCUCAGCUGCCACCUUGGAAGCCACAAGAUGACACAAGUCAACACACAACAGUGAAUGUGCGUGGGGGGCAGGAAUGGAGUAUCCGUGCCCUGAUCUGCUCUUCAAGUUGGACACUACCAGGCACAGAUCUGCCUCAGCAGGACUCUAUUCCCAGAAUCUGUACAUCUCCAGAAGUAGCAAGAGAAAAUGACCACAUUCAAGGAGGUAGUGACAUUCAAGGACGUGGCUGUGGUCUUCACGGAGGAGGAGCUAGGGCUGCUGGACCCCACCCAGAGGAAGCUGUACCGAGAAGUGAUGCUGGAGAACUUCGGGAACCUGGUCUCUGUGGGGCAUCAACCAUUCAAACGAGAUAUGGUCCACUUGGUAAGGGAAGGAAAGUUUUGGAUGAUGAAGUUAGCAACCCAAGGAAAAGGCAAUUCGGGACCCUUCUGAUUACAUUCCUCCCGGAUAAUCCAGGACGAUCUUCCUCUUUUUCUGAUCAGCUGAUCAGCAGCCUGCAUUGCAUCUGCAACCCAGGAGACAAAAUCCAACACAAGAUGGAGACUAUUCCUAAAGUGGAACCACAUGAAGAACUUUCUUGCUGGCAAAUCUGGCAGCAUAUUGCAGAUGACUUAACCUGGUGUCACGACUCCAUGAUAAAGAGUUCUCAAUUCCACAGACAAUGGGAUUUACCCAGCCACGUUGAGGCAGCACGGUCUAAAACCCACACAGGCCAGAAGACUUCCCUGGGAAAUGAGUGCAAAAAGAUCUUUAGUGAUACCUCCCACUGUGAUCUUCAACACAUAAACUCAGGGGAGAAGUCUCACACAUGUCGCGAGUGUGGGAAAUGCUUCUUUUAUAGCUCAGCGCUUCGUAUUCAUCAGAGAGUUCACCUGGGAGAGAAACGGUAUAGGUGUGAGGAGUGCGGUAAGGAAUUCAGUCAGAGCUCAUGCCUGCAAACUCAUCAGAAAAUCCACACCAUAGGGAAGCCAUUCAAAUGUGGGGAAUGUGGGAAAGGCUUCAGUCGUAGAUCAGAACUUAGUAAUCAUUGCAGGUUACACUCGGGAGAGAAACUUUAUAAGUGUGAGGGAUGUGGAAAGGCCUUCAUUAAUGCUUGCCAUCUUCAGGACCAUCAGAGAGUCCAUACCGGGGAGAAGCCAUUCAAGUGUGAUAUCUGUGGUAAGAACUUCCGUCGUAGAUCAGCACUUAAUAGUCAUUGUGUGGUCCACACGGGAGAAAAACCAUACAAGUGUGAGGAGUGUGGGAAGUCCUACACUUGGCGUUCACGUCUUCGUAUCCAUAAGAAGGUCCACAUGGGACAGAAACCAUACAAAUGUGAAGAAUGUGGAAAGAGCUUCUUUUCUAGGACACAUCUUUAUUAUCAUCGGAGGUUCCACACAGAGGAGAAACCUUAUAAUUGUAAGGAAUGUGGGAAGAGCUUCAGGUGGGUCUCACCUCUUUUGACACAUCAGCGAGUCCACAGUGGAGAAAAACCAUUCAAAUGUGAAGAAUGUGGGAAGGGAUUUGGUCAGAAAUCGUGCCUGCAAGCUCAUCAGAAAGUCCACACCAGAGAAAAGCCAUACAAAUGUGAGGAAUGUGGGAAGGGCUACAAGACGAGCUUGGAUCUUGAUGUGCACCAGAGUGUCCAUUUGGGAGAGAACCCAUACACCUGUAAGACAUGUGGUAAGCACUUCACUAGGACCUCAAAUCUUAAAGUUCAUCAGAGAGUCCACACUGGAGAGAAACCGUACAAAUGUAAUGUGUGUGGUAAGGUCUUCAGUCAAUCUGGACAUUUAAAAUCUCAUCAGAGAGUUCACACAGGGGAGAAACCUUACAAGUGUGAGAUAUGCAGUAAGCAGUUCAGUUCAAGUUCGUAUGUUAAAAUUCAUCACAGAAUCCACGUUGAGGAUAAAUCUCAUUCUGUCUCAUAGGAGGGAAAACAUUUGUUUCAUUAAAGUGAAUGUUUCAGCCGUAGCUGAAUGCAUCCUGGUGAUCCCAAGGUCACAUAAGUGGUGCAGUGUACAAGGUACAAGAACCUUGGCAGUUGUAGCUAUCACUCCAGAAAAAGGCCUAAAUAUAACAAUUUCUUUAGGCCUUUAUCAGAUUCUAAUGGUGGAUGUUAAAAUCGAUGUCCCCUGAAAUAGAAGCUUCAUGAGGGCAGGGAGUUUGUUUGCUGCUGAAUCUAUACAAUCAGCAUUGAAUAGCACUCUGUGUAUGCACUUAGUACACAUUUGUUAAAUGAAUCAAAAGGAAGAGAGAAUUAGGGAAGAUUGUGGAGUAGGAGGACGCUAAGCUCCACUCCUCUCAUCGAUGCAACUAGACAACACUCACAUCAGCGUAAAUAACCCAGAAAUUGACCCCGACACUGGCAGAACAAAGUCAACAUCUAAAGGUAGAGAAGAGGCCAUAUCAGAGAAGGUAGGAAGGGCAAAGAUGCAGUUUGGGAGUGAGCCAGACUGGCCGUCUGUGGAGGAGAAGGAACCAGUGGUGUGGAGAAGACAAAAAACAGACUGUCACACUGGGGAGCCCACAUGGGGAAGAUGAAUCCCUGUAACACUUGGCUUUGAAAGCAAGAGGGGCCAAAUGGCAUGAGUUCUCAGCAGCCAGCUGGACUUAAAGCCUGGAUUUCCAGUGUCUGUGGGCUGGGCUCUGGGAGAGCACGAUGAACAGCUGGUGGAGACACAACCAGGAAUCAAGUUUGGCAAAUGCCAGGGGCAGACAGCAGGGACAGCAAUUUACUGAGUGUGGCCUGGAGAGGCAGGGAUCAUGGGGACACUCCUUUGGGAACAAAGGAGGGAACCAUUUCCCUCCCUGGCCCCCCCAGCAUAAGCACAUGGGUACCUGCUGGCACCAGCAUGGCGCCCACACUCCUUACCUAACUUGGUUACACCAGCCCCUGCCCCCCUGUGCUCUGGUGGGUCUGCCUUUCCCAAUCACACCUGCUUCAGUCCCGGCACGGUGAAGACCAGAGCAAGCCUACCUUGUCUCCUGACCUGUGUGUUUUGCAGAACAUCAGUUCCAGAGGUGGCAGCUUCAACAGGUCUCAUUUCACAAACAGACCAGCACAUAUUAAAAUGGGCUCUACCCAGCUGGGACCAAACACUGCCCACAAUAGGCAAAGAGAGCCUCUGCAGGUGACCAGACUGAAUAAAAAGAGCCCAGGACACAGCACUGGGGCACAAGCAACACACAUAGGAGACCCCGCCCCUGAAGCGACAGGUCCCAGGAAACAGGAGACCGUGCACUGCAGGGCACUACAGGACUUGUUCUUCAUAAGGGCAUUACCUUCGAGAGCAAGAGACACAGCUGACUUUCCUAAUAUGCAGAAAUAGACAUGGAGACAAAAUGAGAUGGGAAUAUCUCCCAAAUGGAAGUACAGGACCAAACCACAGCAAGAGACCUAAGCGAAAUGGAUAUAAGUAAUAUUCCAGACAGAGAAUUUAAAGUAAUGAUCACAGAUACUCACUGGGUUUGAGAAGAGUGGAGGACAUCACUGAGACCCUUAAUAGGUCUCAGGACCCUUAAUAGAUUAAAAAGAACCAAGCAGAGAUGAACACAAUAAAUUAAAAAUGCACUUGAUGGGAUAAGAAGAAGGUGAGAUGAAACAGGAAUGAAUGAAUGCCCUGGAAGAGAGAGUAAUGGAAAGUAAGCCACACAAAUGAGAGGAAGAAAAUCAUGGAGAUUGAGGAUAGGGAACUCAAUGACUCCAUCAAGCAUAAUAGCAUAAUAACAUUUGCAUUAAAGGGACCCCAAAAGAAAAGGGGGCAGAAAUUUUACCUGAAGAAAUAAUAGCUGAAAACUUACCUAAUGUGAGGAAGGAAACAGAUAACCAGAUCCAGGAGGCACAGAGAUCCACCCAAAAAAUCAGCCCAAGGAUGUCCACACCAAGAUACAUAUUUGUUAAAAUGGCAAAAAGUGAUAAAAUAUUUUAAAUGAACCAAAGAGGCAAAAUGUGCAAUCUUUACAAGUUGUAUUUGGAAAAGGAAACCAGCAAAAAACUAAUAAAUAAUUCUGAGGAACAAAUAGUUGAAAUGCAGAAAUACACUGAGUACUGUGUUCCACAGCAUUAUUUUGGUAGUUUCCUAUUAUGGUUGGCUCUGGCUAUCAGCCUGUGUUCUGAGGUUGAGUUCUUAUUUUUCUUGUCUUGAUCUCAUAUCCCAUUGGUUUACGCAGUAGCAGUUGAACUCGUGAUUUUUUCUCACAUUGCAGACUGAAACCAUUUAACUUCACAAUAACUGGCCACUGCACAUAUCUUAAUUGAAUUUUCUCAACAAAGUUAAGGCAAGGGCUCAAAGAAACACUAAAAACAUCAGAUUUAUAUAGUAGUGAUAAAAACUUUUUAAUUUUGAAUUUGUCAUUGAGUUUUAAAUUUCUGCAUUUCCAUGUAGUCUUUGAUAUGAUUGCCUUCUAAUUAGGAUUUUUUUUAAAUCAAACUUCUGUGGUAGAAAUUUAUGCCAAUUUGAAGGACAUUUGUCAGCUUCCCAUAUUUUCCCCUCAUCCCCAUGAAAAUAAAUACUAGAAAAAUUUGGGAUUUGGUGAUUGCAUCAAAUACAUUAAUUACAGGGUGCAGAAAUGACAGUUACAUGUUUUUCUUGGUGACAAUAAAAACAUUUUUUUGAAAAGCAGUAUACUUCAGAAUGUGUAACAUGCAACUUCGAUCUGGAAAUCGUACUAUAGGAAACAUACUAUGAGAUUCAAACAAUGAAAAGAUGAAUACCACAUCAGUAAUGUCACAGAGUUUUAACAAUGGAUAUAACAGGUGUUCAAUAAGAAUUUGUUUAAAUUUCACAUAUUCCCGUAAUAACAUGGGGCCAUUAAAUUAAUGUCAAGGACAUGUAAUAGCAGGAGAAGAACAUAAUAAAAGUUUUGUCAAAUCAGA